AUUUUUGAUGUCGUCGACACGGAGGUGAGUGACUGAGGUGAGGUGGUGGUAGAGCAGAAAAAUACCGUAGUGGUGGGUGGCUACUUUGAAACACCGACCGGACUUUUCUUUUACUUUACUUUCUCUCUUGACCCACUCCACUCCCAAAUACAUUCAUUGAUUUGAUUUGCUUAUACUCCAAGGUUGCUUUCUGAUUUCGGAUCACUUCCAUUUCUUUCAUUUUGUUGAAGAUUCAGAUUUCAGAGGCAACCACCACCACCACCACCAAAGUCCCAUGGCCUCCACCUUGCGCCCUUACUUGACGUGCAUUCGCAACACCCUUGACGCCGCUAUGUGCCUCCAGAACUUCCCUUGUCAAGAAGUUGAAAGGCAUAACAAGCCUGAGGUUGAGCUCAAGUCGAGCCCUGAGUUGCUUCUCAAUCCGGUUUUGAUAUGUAGAAAUGAGGCUGAAAAAUGCUUAAUUGAAACAUCUAUCAAUUCAUUGCGGAUAAGUCUCAAGGUGAAGCAGGCUGAUGAACUUGAAAAUAUACUGACCAAGAAAUUUCUUAGGUUUUUGUCAAUGAGGGCUGAGGCUUUCCAAGUACUGAGGAGAAAGCCUGUGCAGGGAUAUGACAUUAGCUUCCUCAUAACAAAUUACCACUGUGAGGAGAUGCAGAAGCACAAGCUCAUUGAUUUUAUAGUGCAAUUUAUGGAGGAUAUUGAUAAAGAGAUUAGCGAGCUCAAAAUGUCGGUGAACACAAGGGGGAGGCUUGUUGCGACCGAGUUUCUGAAGCAGUUUAUAUGAUGCUUUACCUUAAAAACUACCAAAUGCCUGUAAAUUUUCUUACUGUUGCAGAGAUGUUAGUUUCCGGAGUGUUGGGUCGCAAUGCAAUGCCAGUGUUUGUGAUUGUAGCUACAGUGAAUAAAUUUUGUAGAUGUUAGUUUAAUUUAGGAAGAAAAAUCUCAUGCUGCAUAGGCCAGAUAAUGAGUUUAUAUAAUUAAUGGGGUUCUUAGUAGGUGGAAUUUUAAUUACUUCUCUCAUGAAAAUUUAUUAUAUAGUUUUGAAAUUUGUAUU